AUGGCGUUGUUGCCCAUGACGGAGGUUAUGUAUAAGCAGCAGAAAGGGACGGAGAUCCAGAUGCACAGGGGCAGCUAUGUUACAACCUUUUGCAAAUCCCUAGGCUGGAGGGUGGGGAAGUGUGGCAGGUCCCCUCAGGAUUACCUGAAGAGGUAUCCUGAGACCCAAGUUCUCACUGAAUCUGGCAUCCUUCUGGCCAUAAGCUUCAAUCGUUGUGUGGCCGUUUGCAACCCACUUCCUUAUGGCCACAGUGCUCAACAAUACUUGUGUUGUGGCUAUGGGCCUGGGAUUCUCCUCCACAGAUUUAUCCUCAUCCUGGUCUUUCCAUUGCUGCUGCAUAGACUGCAGUUCUGCCACCCUCAGAAUAUCCUUUCCGAUGCCUACUGCCUUCAUGUUGAUAUGAUUAAGCUGGCGUGUACUGACGUCUCUCUCAAUUGCCACUAUGGGUUGUCCAUGAUACCCUUCUCAGGGUUGCCUCCUUUCACGUUGACAGGGCUCCCAGGGCUGGAGACGUCCCAAUACUGGCUGUUUCUGCUGCUUGGUGUGCUCUACACUGUGUCUAUUGUAGUCAAUGCCCUUAUUCUCUUCAUUAUCAAGGAGAAACAGAGCUUGCAUCAGCCUAUGUACUAUUUCCCGUCCCUGCUAUCAGUCAGUGACCUAGGUGUGUCCUUUUCCACACUGCCCACUGUACUGGCCACAUUUUGCUUCCACUUAAAGGAGAUUAGCUUUGAUUCUUGUAUGGCUCAAAUGUUCUUUAUCCAGUUCUCCUUCAUGGAGUCUGGGAUCCUUCUGAUGAUGAGCUUUGACCGCUAUGUGGCCAUCUGUAACCCGCUGAACUAUGCCACAGUGCUCACUGAUGCCCGAGUGGUGAGCAUGGGCAUGUCUGUUAUCAUUCGCAGUUUCUGCAUGGUUUUCCCCCUACCUUUCCUCCUGAAGAGGCUACUUUUCUGCAAGGCCAGUGUACUCUCCCACGCCUACUGUUUGCACCCAGACUUGGUUCACCUGCCCUGUGGCGACAUCACCAUCAACGAUAUCUUUGGUUUAUUCAGUGCCAUCUCUAAUUUUGGCCUGGAUUCUGCACUCUUUCUCCUCUUCUAUUUGCUCAUACUACGCAUUGUGCUGACCAUUGCCUCCCAGAAGGAGAGGUUAAAUAUGCUCAACACGUGGUCACACAUUUGUGCUGUGCUUAUCUUUUACAUGCCCAUGAGAGGUGUAUCCAUGGCUGCUCACUAUGGGAGGCAUGCCCCAAAGUGUGUGCACACAUUGUUGUCUCUGAUCUACCUCUUUGUGCCUCCAACACUCAACUCUGUCAUAUAUUCCAUCCAAACCAAAGAGAUUCGCCAAAGACUUCACAAAAUACUACUGGCAACCAAGUAUUGCGUGGAAGAGAAUGUGUUGAUGUUUACUGUUACUUCACACAGUUGCAUUUCCAAGAUCUGCCUUGACAGGGACUUUUAA